CGAUGGCCAUGGCUAAUGGGCCCGUGCGAGAGGAUGUGUUCGUCUCGCGCCCCUCCCCUUCUCCAUGUGGCAAGAUUCUGCUGUCAGCUUUCAGGCUCCUCCUUUGAGCUCUACCACACAGCUCCCCAAAGAUUCUGCCCAGCAGGAGCUGGGGCGGCACAGCAAGUACUGUCACUUCUGCCAGCACGUCAAGAGCACCAUGGCCGCCUGCUCAUCUCCUCAGUGUACCUUCAAGUUCUGCCACAACUGCAUCAGUGUUCACCUCAUGGAGGACUGGGAUGCCGUGCUGAGAGCUGAGCGAGACAAGUCAUGGAAAUGCCCCUGCUGCCGGUACCGAUGUUGCUGCUGCUCCUCCAAGGCAUGCACAGCCAAGCAUCCGCACUGCAAGGCCUACAGGAAGCGGCAGCAGACGCGAGUGAAUGUGGUGGAGGGAGGAGAGUAAGAAGAAGAAAGUUAGUCUGCGAGGAGGAGAGGAUGUGGAACCGAGCAGAUGAAGGAGAGGAGGCGACGCCCUCAGAUGUAAGUUUGAUGUAAAUUACGAGCUUGUGGCCUUGCGGUUGUUCUACUUGUAAUGAAAGGAUAGAAUCCUCG